AUGUCACUACAAACUUCGCAAACUGAGCCUUUCACCACUCUUUACCACAGGCAGCCUUUGAGAGAAGCGAAGAAUCCGCCCUUGUUGGUUUUUAUCCCCGGUAACCCCGGUCUCAUCGACUACUACACUAAAUAUCUUGACCUUAUCGCCCAACAGCACCGCCAAUACGAGAUUUUGGCAAUCAGUCAUGCUGGAUAUCAGACUUCCGACAAUUACCAAAGAAAAGAUCUGGUGGUGUAUGACUUGGAUUACCAAGUCGACCACAAAUGUAGAGUGAUCAGAGAUCACAUUCUUGCCACUCGGGGUAAGGCGAAAGAGGAAGUAUCAUUCUUAUGCCACUCAAUGGGAGCAUAUAUUAUGCAACGAGUAUCCAAAAAACUUGUUUAUGACAAGGAAUACAGUCAGUACGUGGACAUCAAGUUUGUGGGUCUCAUCUGCCCUACAUUGGUGGACAUUGCAAAGUCAUUGCUGGGCCAGUACUUCACCAAGUUGUUCAAUUGGCUUCCUUUGGUGCAUGUGGCAGUAUACCUUAUAUUCGUGUUGCAAUGGAUCUUACCCAACCUGGUUGCAGAGGCUAUUAUUCGUAAGUACGUCAUUGCAAAGCCCGCUUUAAGCGAUAAAGAUCUGAUUGAGGCUUGGAACAACGCUGUGAAUGCAACGUUCAAGAUAUACGACUCGACGCGAAUUGUUCGCCAGACUAUAGUGAUGGCGAAAGAGGAGCUCAACAAGAUCCACAGGGAUGACGAAGUCAAUGACUGGUUUUUUAAAGAACUCCCAUUGACGGGGACAAAAAUCUGGAGUUUCUUUGCCCCCUUUGAUUACUGGGUCCACGACAACUCAAGAGACUAUAUCUUAACCAGGUACCACGAUGCAUUGAAUGAGGAUGUUCGUUUUGAAGUUGGCGAGAACGAUACAGAAGAAAAGAAGGCGAUCAAUCACAGUUUCUGCAUAGACCAAAGCGUUGAGUUUGCCGAAAUAACUUGUGCCGCAUUGUCUAGAAGCUGA